AUGCGGAAACUAACCAUCUAUAUAUGCGUUGCUGAACCAAGAGGCUUGAAAGAAAAGAAGGCAAUAGAGAAGGAGAACAAAAAGCGGUUGGUGCUCGUCCAUGGGCUUUGCCACGGCGCAUGGACUUGGUACAAAGUGAAAACGCAGUUGGAGGCUGCAGGUCACUGUGUGACAGCAGUGGAUCUGGCUGCUUUGGGUAUAAACAUGACCAGAUUAGAGGAGAUUCAGACAUUGAUGGAUUACUCCAAAUCUUUGCUUGAUAUUCUGACCUUGCUUGGAUCGGAAGAAGAGAAACUGAUUCUUGUUGCUCAUAGCAUAGGAGGAAUAUGCGCUGCACUGGCUGCUGACAUCUUCCCUCGUAAGAUUUCUGCAAUUGUUUUCGUGACAUCUUUCAUGCCGGACAUAAGAAACCCACCUGCUUAUGUUCUAGAAAAUGACUUUGUAUUGACGAGAAUGUUGGUAUGGGUAAACCCGGUAGUUACAAAUAAUCUGGCAGGGACAAAAAGCUUUAGUGAGGAAAGGUAUGGAUCUGUUACACGAAUCUAUAUCAUCUGCGGAGAGGAUAAUCUGAUACCAAAGGAUUAUCAGCAUUGGAUGAUUAGCAAUUUUCUUGUACAAGAAGUAAUGGAGAUCAAAGAUGCGGAUCAUAUGGUAAUGUUCUCCAAGCCUCAAGAGAUAAAUUCUCUUCUCUUGGGAAUUGCUGAAAAAUAUGCGUAA